AUGUCACGUGGGUACGCGCAAACUCUUGUUCGACUUCCGCCUAACCUAGUGGAUUUUAACACGAUUUGUAUAAUUCACAAAUUUAAAAGCAAUUACUAUGUAUAAUUCGUGUAUAAGUGUAACUCAUGAUUUGUAAGAAUUACCAUUUAUUAUCACUUUCUCCUUAAAAAAAGACGACGUAAUAAAAUAGAUGCGAAAAAUUAGUAUACGUGUACUGUUUUACACUGUUUGAUAUUUACAAAGAUAUUAGGGUUUAAAAUGUUCAUAACUGUAAAGUAAAUACAUGAUAAACAUGCGAUUUGUUAUCAGUUUUAAUAGCAUCAACUAUUGCAGAAGACAAUUUGCAAGGUGCCUUAGCACAAUGGCAAAUCCAUUAAUUGCAGUGUGUCAAAUGACAUCAACGAACGAUAAAGAAAAAAAUUUGCAAUUUGUACGUGAACUCACUGCAAAAGCGAAGUCUAGAUCGGCCUGUAUUGCAUUUUUUCCGGAAGCAUGCGAUUAUUUAGCGGAUAAUAAAAAAGAGACAAUAAGUAUGGCACAACCUUUGACCGGCUCUACAGUAGCAUGUUACAAGGACAUUGCAAAAAGUAAUAAAAUUUGGUUGUCGUUAGGUGGAUUGCACGAGGCUUUACCAGACAAUGAACACCAUAUAAGUAAUACUCACAUUGUAAUAAAUAGCGAUGGUGAAAUUGUUGGUACCUAUCGUAAAGCCCAUUUAUUUGACAUGGAUAAUAAAAACACCGGGGUUAGAUUAAUGGAAUCAGAUUAUGUUCUACCAGGGGAAAAAAUCGAACCGCCUAUACCCACACCAAUUGGUAAAUUAGGACUUAGUAUUUGUUAUGAUAUGCGCUUUCCUGAAUUAUCUUUAACAUUGAGGAACAUGGGAGCACAAAUUUUAACAUAUCCAUCAGCAUUUACAUACCAAACAGGUGCUGCACAUUGGAAAACAAUACUACGUGCCCGGGCAAUAGAAACACAGUGUUAUGUUGUGGCUGCAGCUCAAACUGGUACGCAUAAUAAAAAGAGAGUGAGCUGGGGACAUGCCAUGAUAAUCGAUCCAUGGGGAACAGUAGUAGCGCAAUGUAGCGAAAAAACGGGUAUAGCUCUGGCAGAAAUCGAUUUGAAUCUAAUACAACAAAUUCGAGAAAAUAUGCCGUGUGAAAAUCAUCGUAGAACAGAUUUAUAUCCCAAAAUGGAAUCCUUAAAAUGUCCAUCCUAGAUAAUGUAUAAAUAUAAUUAUAAUUGUAUUUAAUAGGUUAUGUAUGCAACCGUUCAUUUCAAGAUAUUAGUAAUUAAGUGACAAUAAAAAUAUUCUUUCCUUAUACGAGCAAAUGCUCGUAUUCCCUUUCGUAAUGUGCGGAAUAGUUCGAUAUAAAAUACAUUAAAGGA